GGGGGGAGUGGGGCGGGGAGUGGGAGGGGUGGGGGGAUUGUGUUGAGUUGUUGUGAGCGUGAGUGACUCGAGAGGAUGUGAUGUGAUGUGAUGUGGGUGGUAAGGUGUUCGGAUUGGGUUGGGUCUAGGAGUAAUAGGCGUUCGGCGCAAUAUGUAUGACUUGUGCUUGUGCUUGUGGGGGUUUCACGAUGGGGAUAAUGAUUCGCGGUGCUGCUUGCUUUUUUUUUGUGGGGGGAAGGGGGGUAUGGAUGCUCACUGAUGGAUGGUUUCGUGGUUUCAAAUUCACAAAUUCACAAAUAAUGCUCUUUCCUGCUCCUCCUCUAUUGUUCUGCCGCUGUUGUAAAUGCCUGGAACUGUUUGGAUGGAAUCUAUAGGAAUGAAGUCUUAGGCCGGGGUCGGUUCUUGCAAUGG